CAUGCUUGCCCACACCCUCUCAGAAUGCAGCAUGGGGGAAAUAAUGUAACACAAUUAAGGAACUGUAGCCAGGCAGAGUGUCUUUAUCGCCAAACAGUCGUCGUUUUCGGAUGAUUGAAUUUAAGUGAUGCUCAAACGAUGCCUAUAGUGGACAAGCUCAAGGAGGCCCUGAAGCCCGGCCGGAAGGACUCCUCGGCGGGGGACGAUAGCGACCUCAAUAAGCUGCUGGCCUCCUCGGCCAAGAAGGUCCUGCUGCAGAAGAUUGAGUUUGAGCCGGCCAGCAAAGGCUUCUCCUAUCAGCUGGACACUCUCAAGACCAAAUAUGUGAUCCUCAACCCCCGCGGCAGUGAGGGGGCCACGUCGGGUCAGAGGGCCAGCACAGAGCCCGCUCAGAUCAAGAGGCAAGUUUCAGACAACCAGUGUGGGGGCCAGAGUGAUGGGAUCCCCGCCCCACAGAAGAUGCUCUUCCCUGGGAACAGACUCUCCAUGCGUUGGGAGCGUGUCUACCGGGUGGGAGCCGGCCUCCACAACCUGGGCAACACCUGCUUCCUUAACUCCACUGUGCAGUGUCUCACCUACACACCGCCCCUGGCAAACUAUCUCCUCUCCAAGGAGCACAGUCGUGCCUGUCACCAGUCGGGUUUCUGUAUGAUUUGUAUAAUGCAGAACCACAUCAUCCAAGCCUUUGCCAACACAGGAAAUGCCAUCAAGCCUGUCUCCUUCAUCCGAGACCUAAAAAAAAUUGCCAGGCACUUUCGGUUCGGUAGCCAGGAAGACGCCCAUGAAUUCUUACGCUACACCAUCGAUGCCAUGCAGAAAGCCUGUCUGAACACCUACCCCAAGUUAGACCGGACGACACAGGCCACCACAUUGGUCCACCAGAUAUUUGGCGGUUACCUCAGGUCGCGAGUUAAGUGUUCCAUUUGCAAAAGUGUGUCAGACACGUACGACCCUUACUUGGACAUCGCUGUGGAGAUUCGACAAGCAGCAAAUAUCGUCCGAGCCCUGGAGCUCUUUGUCAAGCCCGACGUGUUGAGUGGAGAGAACGCCUACAUGUGUGCCAAGUGUAAGAAGAAAGUUCCGGCAACAAAGCGAUUCACAGUCCACCGAACGUCCAAUGUUCUGACCCUGUCUCUCAAGAGGUUUGCCAACUUCAGUGGAGGAAAAAUCACCAAGGACGUUGGCUACCCAGAGUUCCUGAACAUCCGCCCCUACAUGUCUCAGAGCACAGGGGACCCGGUCAUGUAUGGCCUCUAUGCUGUCCUGGUGCAUUCUGGGUACAGCUGUCAUGCUGGCCACUACUACUGCUAUGUCAAGGCCAGCAACGGGCAAUGGUACCAGAUGAAUGACUCGAUGGUCCAUUCCAGUAACAUCAAAGUAGUCCUGAAUCAGCAAGCCUACGUUCUAUUCUACCUGAGGAUCCCAGAGACCAAGAAGAACGUGGAUGGCCAGAUCACCAAGCAGGGAAUGGGGAAGAACGUAGCGACGUCAGAGCAGUUCAGGAAGACCAACCUCAACAGACCCCUGUCCUCUCCGCAGGUCACCAAGGUAUGGGACAGGCUGGCAGAACGGUCCGUCAUCAGAAUGUUUGAAAGCAAUACGAAACUGGACCCUUUCCAGCUGCGUAAGAUUCAGUCCGUAGAGGGCGGCCUGGGCAUACCCGUGUCUAGGAACGGCGCCAACAUCUCCCAGCAGCCCAACAAGAUGUCCAACGGGACGUCGUCCUCCUCCCACGCACCCACCAGGAUACCCAGUGGACCCAUGCUGAUCGAGGAGCCCUUCAAGAAGCUGAAGAAGCCCUGUCCUCCUCAGCAGCCCCAGGCGCGCAGCAGCACCCCCGCCCCCUCCAACGGUGUGGCCGGCAGGUCGGACGGCGGAGACCGGAGGCACGGGAACCAAGGGGCCAGGGGCCUGGCCGCAUCUACCUCACUCAAGUCCCUGUCAGACUCCUCCUCGGCAGACACCUCCGACUCAAAGGAUUCCAUGGGUACCAAAAGUGCGCCGGUUGUUGGGACGUCCACCCCCCCUAGGAAUGUCUCGAACGGCAUGGCCUCCCCUGCCAAGAGUGUGGAGCGCGUGGGCACGGAGGAGCAGAAGACAGUCAAGCUAAAACCCCUGGCCCUCAACAACAUCACAUCUUCACCCACCGGCACCACGUCUCCCCCACCCGCCAAGAAAUUGGCCCUGUCGGCCAAGAAGGCCAGUCGCAGCCGGAGUCCGAGCAGCACUGAGGCUCAACACCCCCACCUGCCACGCCAUCCGUCCAGUGACCGCACGCAUCCUGCUCAACUUAACCUCACCUUCACCUCACCCACUCACAGUCACAGGGUUGGUCCAUUCCAUUCACCCAAACUGCAAUCUCCACCUGCAGCCCACCAUGUCCACUCAGGCAUCCCAUCUAAGCAUCAGAGUCCCCAGAAAUCAAACUCCACCCUCUCUCCAAAAACCAAUGGUCUUCAGACCCACCUUCCAAAGAGCCCUAAACCUACCAAGACCCCCAGUCUGUCAGAGCCUGGCCCAAGCAGUUCCACCACCUCCUUAAAGAAGAAAAAUAAGAAACGGCGUCACUCUGAGAUGGAAGGCGGAGAGCGAGAGCCAUCACUGGCCUACGUCAUCCCAGACAUCCCCGCUGAGCCCGAACUGAUCGAACCAGCCAGUGAGAGGAAGAGGAGGAAAAGGAGAAAGAAGAGGAAGAGGGAGGAAGAUGAUGGAGAUGCAGCCGUGCACCACAGGGAAAGGGUUCAGUCUCAUCUGGAUGCUUCGCUGCCGGCCCAAGAGGAGGACUGGUGUCAGGGGGGAUCAUGGAGACUCAGCCCCCCUGACCAAAGAGCCCUGGAACAACCAAAGCUGCCCCAUCCCCAGCCUAAGAGUAAGCUCCAGUUGGUUCCAGUGGUUCUCCAGUGUGAUGCGAAUCAAGGAGAGCAGAGUAUGGACACUGUGACGAUGUUGAAGAGGAGGAGGAGGAGGAAGAAAAGGAGAUUGGAGGAGGGACCGGAGGAAGCAACAUUAACACGUUCUGUUUCAGAAAGCAGUUCUGGGACGAAGGACACGGUUGUUGAAAACGGCGCUGGGGAUUCUACUGCCCCAAAGAAGUUAAAGAAGCGCAGGCUAAAAGAAGAGGUGAAACAGUGGGAGGAAAGCAGGCGUUGUUGCUCCGGCGACCAGAGGAGCGACACUGACGCAGCGGAGGCCCUUCCCAAGAAGGGCACCGUGGAGAGCACUGCUGGAGUGAUCGUGUGGGACAGCCAGGUUAAGGAUGGCUACAAGCGCUCCAAGGCCCCCGCUGCAGAAGCAGUAGAGGGUGGUCCUGGGGAUGUCCCCCACCCAGCCCCCAUGGUCUGGGAUGGCAAGAGGAGUGGUGGAGUGGUUGAGGAGCUCCUGAAGAACUCUUUGGACAAAGCCUAUGGAACCCAAGUCCUCAGCUGGGAGGGAGAGGCAUCUGCCAUCAGUAGGGAUGCCAUUGACGACACCCGCGAUGCCAGAACCGACAUGGUGAUUGACGAGUGGGAUGAGGACUUCGACAGUGGAAAGGUGAAGAAAAUGAAAAAGUACAAGCGAGAGAAGAGGAGGAGCGGCAAUAUCUUCCAGAAGAUCCAGGACCGGCGGAGCAUGUGGUCGGUCACACCCGGCGCCAAGAAGACCGGCUUUGGAUACCGUCACUGAGAGCCAACCAGAAUGGAUGUUUGGAUACAGUCACUGAGAGCCAACCAGAAUGGAUGUUUGGAUACAGUCACUGAGAGCCAACCAGAAUGGAUGUUUGGCCACAGUCACUGAGAGCCAACCAGAAUGGAUGUUUGGCCACAUACAGUACAACCGAACUGGAGUGACGACACGUGACACCACUGUAACAAUGUGAAUCUUUUUUUAAUUGCUUGGCGGUUCAUACCCUGAUUGCAAUACGAGAGACCAUGGCCAGUUGACAGAACAACACAUCUUUGAUCUGUGCUGGUCUCUUCACUAUAGAACUUACCGCAAGUCUUCCUUUGAUGACCGAGUCUGGUGAGCUGACCAACACGGGCUGUGAUGUUACCACCGUCAGCCAGGGUUCAGCAACAAUGAGUUGACCAUUGCUUCUACACCGUUGUCUCAGAUGGAUAUGAAAAUAUUGUUCAGUCAAUGGUGCUCAAGCUGCUCAUGAAUAUGAUGGAUUUACCGUACUGUGAUGAACUUCCAUCUGUGGUAAUAACAUGACAAUAUGUUAUGUUAGGAAUUCAGAACAAGUCAUGUCAGGAAUUCUCAUAUUUGUACAUUUUACAUGGUUGGGCUACUCUAGGAGACGGUUCUGGGGUUUUCUAGCCGGUAUCAAAGGAUGUGGCAUGCACCAUAUAGCAUUUAUCUGUGUGAAAGGCUGAGGUGAGAGAUGUUGUAUCAUGUAUGCUAGAUAACCCUUACCCAUCAGCUAAAUGUAUUGAAACCUAUGAGGGAGACACUUGGGUUGUGUUCAGGUGGGCGAAACGUGCAGAACUUUGAAUUAUAGUAAUGUAUAGAGCUGAAAUGAUUUCCUAUAGAAAAUCAUUGUGUUCUACACAAUCUAUUUCUCUGAACAUUCUAAAAUGUUGCAACCAGUGAUUUAGUGUAUAAAAAAAAAAUUGGUUGGUUAGUAAACGUUGAUCGCCGUUCUUGCUGAGUAAAGCAACACUCUCUAUACGUUCAAUGCAUUUUCCCACAAAUGGUGGGUAAACGCUCGGGCAAAAUACAAAAAACAUGCGUAAAUGACAUUUCCGUGCGUUUACCCUCUACUACACCACUGGUUACAACCGCUGUGCUGACUGGGCGAUCUGCAGGACAGUGGGCCAAUAGAGGUGUAUACUGUUCUCCUGACUCAUAUGGCUUAUUCUGUAUGUGAAGACAUGUGGUGACCAUCUCGUGCUGAUCACCAUCAGCACAAUCACCAAGUCACCUUUAAAAGAUCCCAAACAUGAACAGGACUGCAGAGGGUGAAGCCAUCAUAACUGAUAUGCUUUAUUCCCAUCUCUUUUAGUUUGGGAAUGAUUGAUACUUUUAUGCUUUUAUGGUUUCUUAUUCUGUGUGAUUUCUUUGCCACAAUGCCUUCUUGGUUUGUUCUACAUGACCUGAUAAAACUGACCCACUGUGGCUGCUGCUGACACAUUUACAUAUUCUGAUUCUACUGUUAUUUUACAAGCAUACAUUUGGAGGGGGAAACAGUCACAUGCCUGUCCCACGCAGACAAACGGCCUCCAUCUUUAGUUUAAUCUGAUUGAUUAUUGUAUGCGUGAUGGUGGUAUUUGAAGUUUCCUAUAUCAGAAUAUUCAGUUCUGCGUCCCUAACAGAUUGUUCUUGUUUCCUUUCCUGGGUGAAUUUGACGGUUCUGAAGAUGAUGUAAUUUGGUAGAUGUGUCAGAAUAGAAAAUGUCAUGUUCGAUUAACACCAAGUGAUGCUGGAAUAGGAAUUGCCCCGACAUCAGCUAAUUGCAAAGUUCAUAGGCGGAUGUCUCUACCCCCAGGUCAAGUUGGGGACUGUAGCGAUAACGUCAAGGCUUUGCCUGUUUGUAACACCACAUAAUCCACCUUUAAUGGAUUAGGCAUAUCAUUGUUUCAUCUGCUUUCUAAUCCAUUUGCUCUCCUUUCUGGUAAAUAGUCCCAUUCUGUUUUGCAAAAGAGGGUGUGAGUGUGAUUCUGGGGUGGGUGGGUUGAAUUGGGAACUUUUUUUCAACCCUAGACAUCUACAGUAGGUCAUGAGUGGAGCUAAUUUCUCAUCUCUUCUGUGUGUUAUUCCCAAUGUCAAGUCCUUGGUCCCUGGUCUCUAACUAAAAGUUGUGUUGGUGACCAUUGUUUAGUAAUGCUCCAUCUCCAGUGAAUUUCAGCUUGGUUGUGCAUCAUGUGUUUUCUGAAUGAAUUUUGGGCCUCAAUAUGAACCAAACAGUUCUUUUUUUGUGUGUUCUAUCCCAGAUAAAGAGUUGCAUGUAGGCUGGUCCCAGAUCUGUUUGUGUGGUUUGGCCAACACCUAUGGCCAUUGUAAAUGUUGGAAAUGCAGCACAGACCUCUGGGGCCAGGCUAGAUUGCGUACGUUGCCCCAGGCAUAGUUAGUUUGAAGUUGAUGUAUAUGCUAUUAGUACAUGAUCAUUGUCCCAAUCUGUACUCUCUCUAUGCAAAUCACCCACAGACAGUCCAACUAACUGGUCAUCUGGAACCUGAUGUACCCAGCCAUCCCCCAACCUUACAACCCUCAUGUUCAACCAACCUUCUAGCCAAGUCCACAUUUUAUUACACACCACCACCAUUUGAUCCUGUUUUCUACCAGUAUAUUUGGGGGAGUGAAAACAUGGGAUCUUCCACUUUAUCUGGGCACUGAUUUUGAUAAAUAGAUGAUAAAUGCUAGUCAUUAAACAAAGCGCUUGGCCAGUGUAGAAGAUUGUACAGUCCGCCUGGUGUUUCCCAAGCUUUCCCCGUCAUCCCUGCGUAGACUUAGCCUUUACAAACCAUCCUGGUCUGAUCGGCUACACGCAAACAGAAUGCAAGCUUGUGAGAUCAGGAUGAUUCGUACGAGGCUAGUGUAGUUCUAGCCACCUAUUGACUUUCAUUCUAGAGAUGUCAGCUUAAACAGUAUAGUUAAUUGAUAAUGUUAAAUCAUUUAAAGAAACUUUUCACAAAUCUUUCAUGUGUUAUAAAAAAUACAGAUAAAAUCUGUAUUUGGAUUGGUGGGGGAUUGUGAGACUUUAAAUAAUUUCUUGCAGAUGGAUGUUCAUAUGUGCGUGUUUCAUACGAUGACACCUUGUUACUGUAGUGUCAUACAGUACGAGAGCGGUUUCAUCACCAGUUCCAUUGAAUGUGUUUUAAUGUUGACUGUGAAAUGAGCUUUAGGACAUGUUCGAUUCUCAAGGAAACUGACACGAGGACAUUAUACUGGUGUGACUGAUCCACGUCAUAUUUGCAUUGAUGGUUCUAUAUUUUGCACCGCCUUUUCAGACCAAGGAGAGACCUUUCAUAAUGAAAAGUGACUCUUACCAAAAUGGAUCAUGUAAUUAGCUAUACAGGUGCAAUAAAGUUGUGACUUUGAA